GUACUAUUUUAAAGCAGACUCUUUGAAUACAGAAGCGAGUUUGUGUGGUCCAGUCGUGCAUUUUUUUAUGAACACACUUAUGUAUACACAAACCACAAUAAACCCAAAUUUUCUUAUGAAGUUGACGUGGAUUAAACAACUUUCUUAUUUAAGGAGCAGACGAAAAAAUGAAAUAAUGCAAUAAACCAGCAGUCUUAUGAGUGUGGAAAGGAUUAAACAGCUGGUUAAAAACUUCGCCAGGUCGCAUGUAGGAACCCCCGGCGAAAAUUGCGUGUUGCUGCGGAGGAGAAAUUCGCCAAAAGGCAUUGACUGUAAUAUUUUCGAGAAGCAUAUAUUACACAAUAGAAAAAAAUGCAUCACUAUUAUUUAUUGACUUCUAUAUAUAUAAAGUAUCAGAGUUAUUUGUGUUUGUUUUUUAUCGGGUCGGGUGCUUAAGUUGUGCUUUAUGUAGUCGGUAUAUAAUCAGGAAAUAUUAAUGUAAAUACAUAACUACCCCAUCUCAAACUUAUAUAUAUUCAUAUUUUGAAAUAAUGCACACAUACAAAUAAAAUCGUUACACCAAUGUUGCUUAACUCUUCUAACAGUAGGAGAGGGAAGCAAAACAACACAGUUAUAUUACUACUUGACCAACCAACAACACGUCUCGUCUUUUUUCGUGUGUUUAUUUUACAAUUAUACUUUUAAAUGGAAUUCAUGAAUUUAAAGAAAAAUACAGUACGAGAAGCAUUCCCCUCCUCAUGCCUCGCAUACACAAAUUAAACAUAAGGAAAGAGAAGGAGAACAUACUAUCCCCACUUUUCAUUGAAAAAGUGGUGGGUAGGCCAAUAAAGAGAGUUUCGUCUUAUGAUGUCAUCAGAGGAGGAUACACAGUGCUUUGGGUUGUAUGAUAAGUUACUUAUUAACAGAAAUAGUUCUGAAAAAAAUGUCAUUGGCGCUGGAAUUAAUUCAUUGUUUAUAAGCAACAGCAACAGCAAUAGCAGUAGUAUAACAAGUAAUAGUAGCAGAUUUAUAAUCAACAAAAAGUGCCAUCGACAACGCGUGCCCGGCGGUGAGCAAAGGAACAGUAGUUAUUCUUCAAUACCUACCUUUAGUUUCCGUCCGUCUUCUUUCCUGAGUAGUGCGUCUACGGGAGCAGCUGGUUUUUAUGGGACUCUUUUAAAUCAAUCGCAAUCGUCACAAUUUGUUGGUAGUUUAUUCGGUACAAACGGUUUCGGAUCAGUUAAAAUGUUAAAUGAAAUUUUAGACCGGCAAAUGAAACAAGCUCAAGAUGCUACAGGUGGACUACCAUCAUCUUUAAUAGAUAAUGCAAUAUUAACAGCUGCAAUGGAAUCGGCAACAAGUGUAGAUUUAAUAAGUGCUAGCAUAAAAUCAAGCUUCAAUUCUUCAAACGUAAUAAAUAACAACUGUAUGAAGCACAGUGGUAUUCAGAUUGAACGUGGUCGUGGUGGAGCUAGUGGUAUUGGUGGUAGUGUUUUAAACAAUAACAAUAAUGACCCUAUUUCUUCAAAUUUAGCGCCCGUAGAUACAAAUGAAAAACAAAACGAAGAUUGUGGCAGUUUGAAUAAAAGCCUAUCAGUAUCAACGAAUCCACAAUUAGACGCAGUUGCUAAUCAACAACAGACGCAACACGAAAAUAAUUUAGCUCACCAUAUGCUCCGCAAUAUUCUACAAGGUAAAAAAGAUUUGAUUGCAUUAGAUCAAGAAUUAAGAUCUGUUAUAAAUAAACACGCUAAUAGUGAAAACCUAAAACAAAACACGACUGGUGGUUCUGUUGAUCCUGUUUAUGAAGACAACAAUAGUUUUAUUAGUAAAAGUAAGAAUAAAAGUGCAACCAAUAAUAAUAAUAACAAUAAUAAUAAUUAUAAUGAUAAUAAGAAUAACAAUAAUAAUAAUACUAGCAAUAAUAAUAACAACAAUAGUAGUAAUCAUAACAAUAACGGUAAUAAUAAUAAUAACAAUCAAAAUAGAAAUAAUAAAAAUAGUUAUAGUAAUAAUAGAAUAAGAACUAAAAAUAAUCAUAAUAAUAGUAGUAGUAAUAAUAAUAAAAAUGAUAAUAAUACCAAUAAUAAUAAUAAUAAUGCCAAUAAUAAUUGUAAUAAUACCAAUAUUAAUAAUAAUAAAGCAAAUAAAAAUAAGAAUAAUAAUAGUCAUGAUAGUACUAACAGGAAUUUUAUCUGUGAAAAUGAAUCAGGAGAAAAUGCAGGAGUAAGCAAUGAGUCGAAAAGUAUAUCACAUUCUUGCAGCAACAGAGCAAUCAGUCAUUUGAUUGGUGGUGUUGAUCAGCUUGUGCAGACGUUAGAAAGCUGUUCUGAUGUUCAAAUCAAAUCUGAGCCUAACACAUCAAUAUCACCCACAAGUAUUUUAAAUGAAAUUAGCAACUCCAACCCGGAAUCUAAUAAUAAAAGUAAAAGUUGUGUGCGAGUUAUUAAAAACAGUUUAAGACAGAGGAAAUGUAUAGAAAGCGAGGAAGAGCAAGUUGCAGUUUCUGAAGAAACGGAUGACCUCACUUUUUGUGAAAUGCAACAGCCGCAACUAGUUUUGCAGUCGGACUGCCAUUCCUUAAUUGACGAUAUUGUCACUAAAAAAGAAGCAGAUGCUUUACUUGAAGAAGAAUUAAUGGUUUUGAGUUCAAGGUCCGAUAUAGAAUCAAUGGGGUCUCCAAGCAACUGUGACAUAAAUGAAAUUAUGAUUGAUUGUGUAAAGGAAGACAAUGUUGAAGAACGUACGAAAGAAGGUGAAUUAAUGGGAAAAAAAUCAGGCAGACUGCUUAAGCCUGUUAUUUUGGAUAUGAAACGAGCACGGGUUGAAAAUAUUAUUUCUUCAAUGCAAUCUAGUCCGUCCUCUUGUCACCAAAUGAAUUUGCAAGUAAAUGGCUGUAAAAAACGAAAACUUUAUCAACCACAACAACAUGCCAUGGACAGAUAUGCGGCUGCUGCUGCAGGUUUAAAUUUCGGAUUAAACAUGCAAAGCUUAAUUCUUGAAGAAGAAGAAGAGGAAGAUAUUGAAUCACCUCAAAUUCAACAAAAAAGGGUACAAAAAAAUGCAUUGAAGUCACAAUUAAGAACAAUGCAAGAGCAACUAGCUGAAAUGCAGCAAAAAUAUGUGCAAUUAUGCUCACGAAUCGAGCAAGAGUCUGAAUGCCAAGAAGUCGAUGAUACGGCUAGUGACAGUAUAGACAAUUUUGGUAACAAUAGUGCGAUAUCGCCACCUUUAUCGCUUACAAAUUCAACUCACACCACACCCCUUCUGCGGCCUUUAUCAGUUUCACCACUCUUAUAUUCUCGAAAGCCAAAAAAACAUGCGCCUGUAAGGCCAUCAAUUGGGAAUACUCCUCCAAUGCUGGCUCAAAUAAUGAGCAAAAUGAUUACUGCAAAGAUCCAUAGUCCAACAGCUGAACAUUCACAGAAAAACUCAUUGCUUCAAAACAAACAACAUGUUCCUGAAGUUCAAAACGCUCAUGCGACCCAUCCCACCAUAAGUAAUGCAGCUGCGAUGUACUUAGGACAACACUUUUUACUAGAACACGAAGUCCGAAUAGCUAAAGAAACGGCUGAACAACAUGAAAGGCAUCAACAGUUCCAGCAACAGAUAAAAGAACAUCAACAAAAACAGCAUGAAAUUCAAAUAAGGUUCGAGCAAGAACAAAAGGAAGCACUUCUUAGACAAAAAGAAACACAACAACAAAACCUAAGGCAACAAAAUCAACUGCGAGUAGCCCAGCAGCACAGAAUACAGACAGAUGUUCAACUGUUAGAAUCGCAAUCUGCUACUUCACUGGGUAACCAUUUACUCCCUUCACCUUCGCCACAACGACCUCAACAACCGCAGGAAGUGCAUCCGAAUACAACCGCUCAAUCAACAAUAAAGUCUGAAAUUUCUGAAAGGUUCAACAUGCUUCGAUCACAUUCUUCUUCAACAGUGAAAAUGUCAGGUUCUGAUCUAGAAGGCCUAGCGGAUAUUCUCAAGUCUGAAAUAACAACAUCUUUAUCUGCUCUGGUAGAUACAAUUGUUACACGUUUUGUGCACCAGCGUCGACUCUUCAACAAGCAAUCUCAAUCAGUUGCAGCAGCGGCAGAUCAAUUAAAUAAAGACUUAAUGAUGGCUUCCCAUAUUCUUGACAGAAAGUCACCCCGAACGAAAGCAACAGACCAAUUAUCUUCUAGUUCUGUACCGAUUGUUUCAGCAGCUUUAGUUAAUACUUCAGUGAGCAAUUUGAUCAGCAGUCAAUCAGGGAUAGGAAUGCAAGAUCACCAUGUUACAGGCAUGAAUUGCACACUUAGUCAAUCAAAUAAAAGUUGUAGUAGUAAUAAUUUACAGCCGUCUCAUUUAAAAUCUUCGCCCUCAGCGGCUAUAUUCCAGGCACCAAAAACACCUCAAAAUAUGAGUUCUGCGGCAUCAGUAUCACUGUACAAUUCAAUUGGGAUAGGUGGAAGUGGUAGUAUGCCACUAACAAAUUCAUUGAAUCCCUUCUGCAUGCCUGAACCAAGGGAACACAAUGUAGAACAAAACGAGGCACUAAGUCUAGUGGUAACACCGAAGAAAAAACGUCACAAAGUUACUGAUACUCGGAUAACUCCCCGAACUGUUAGUCGAAUAUUGGCACAAGACGGUAAUGUAGGUUCUAACAUUACCCACAACCUUACACCAGAUUCAAAUUUCUUACAAAAUCCGAGCUGCCAACAAAAUACCUUUAAUAUUCAAACACAAUCUGUUAAUAACAGUAAUAUCAGUGUGGCACCGACAAGUACGACUGCCUCAAAAAACUCUUCACCGCUACCAAAUUCAUACCACCCACCAGCACCACCGAUGAUGUCAGUAACCUUACCUACAUCCGUAGCAAUUCCAAAUCCUUCGCUUCAUGAAUCCCAAGUAUUUUCACCAUACAGUCCGUUCUUUAAUCCUCAUCAUGGGCCGCAUGGAAGUUCACACAUAGCACCUGCCGCAGCACAAAUGCAUCAUAUGAAAAUGUCGUCCAGUCCACCAGGUCUUGGUGGUAUUUUAGAAAGUAGAGAUUCGCCUUCAUUAUCACAUCCACCAACAAUGAUGCAUCCGGCUCUGUUGUCUACAGCCCAUCAUGGAAACUCUCCCGAUUAUAAUGUGCAUUUGCGUGCGGCAAUGGAUACCCAAGACAGGAACUCAGACUGCAACUCAACUGAUAUGCAGUUUGACGGAAUUCAACCUACGAUAUCCUUUUUGAAACAACAAAUAAUCAAAUCAGAUUCCUUAACACCACUGCACUCUUCGACAUUGACACCAAUGCACCUGCGAAAAGCUAAACUUAUGUUCUUCUGGGUGCGUUAUCCUAGCUCUGCAGUUCUUAAAAUGUACUUCCCAGAUAUCAAGUUCAACAAAAACAACACAGCACAAUUGGUCAAAUGGUUUUCGAAUUUCCGAGAAUUUUACUACAUACAAAUGGAGAAGUAUGCACGUCAAGCUGUCACAGAGGGAAUUAAACAUGGUGAAGAUCUUCAUGUUGGUGGGGAAAGUGAGCUUUAUCGUGUUUUAAAUCUGCACUACAAUCGCAAUAAUCAUAUAGAGGUUCCUUCAAACUUUCGUUUCGUGGUUGAACAGACCUUACGUGAAUUUUUUCGAGCUAUUCAAGGUGGAAAAGACACAGAACAAUCCUGGAAAAAGUCAAUAUACAAAAUUAUUUCUCGAAUGGAUGAUCCUGUUCCAGAAUAUUUUAAAUCACCAAACUUUCUGGAGCAAUUGGAAUAAGUGUAAAAUAUCAUUUAAAUGUAUAUUAUUAUUAAAAAGUUGAAUCACUAACAAAGACAUGAAUGGUUUUGGUUACGUUGCUGAAAAAUACAAAAAUACCGAUUUUUACACAUAAUGAGCUUUUGCAGACACAUUCGAAUUUGUUAAAAUGAGAACGAAAACUUCAGACUGAAAACAAAAAUUAAUCAACAGUGUGUGUGGUUCCUAAAAAAAUUGUAGUGUGUUUACGUCCAAAAAUAGUAACAAAGAAUUUAAGUAAAUAUAUGUAAAUAAAAAAAACUAAACCAAAAAAAAGCUAAAGUUUGAAAAGCGACUGUAAUUAACUGAAGAUAUACUCGCAUUUUGGCCUUCCUUUCAGAAGAAUUGUAAAAUUCUUUUAAAAUAUUUAUAAUUUAGUAAAUACUGUAAUUAAAAAAAAAUUAGAAUAUUUGAGAAAAAUUCAAAAUCGAGUAUGAAAACAUACAUGGAAAUACCAUCUAAUUAGCUCUAAUGGUUUAAAUUUAAAAAAAGUCGAAUUUGAUUGAAUGCGAACCUCUUUAAAAUGAGAAAUAUUUACCUAUUACUUUGUUAAUAACAUCAUCACUUACACUGUAUGAAUUGUAAUUAUUGUAGUUUACUUAAUUAUAAAAAAAAUAUUUAUUUACCUAUUACUUUGUUGAUAACAUCAUCACUUACACUGUAUGAAUUGUAUUUAUUGUAUUUUACGUAAUUAUAAAAACAAGAAACAAAAUUGUAAGGGGGUUAUUAUUAAAAAAUGUUUGAGUUCGACUUUAUUAUUUAUUUAAAGAUAGUUGACGUUUACCUUUAAAUAUAAGUUCCUCUACUAAUUUAUUUGUUCAAAAUCUUAAAAAAUUACUAUACAUUUUCCAAAUAUUUAAUAUAUUUCAAACAAAUCCAUUUUAUCAGAAUCAAUCAAUAACCAACAACUUUUGUUUAAAAUGCAAAUAAUUAAAGAAACACAAUGAAUCAAUUAAUUUUUAAAUAAUUAUAUAUUAUGAAAGUCCCGGAUCAAGUUAAAUUAUGUUCCAUGAAGCAGAAUAUAAAAUAAUUGCUUAUUGACCUUUUUAAAUUAUAAACAAACAUGUUAUAUUUUUAAAUUAAUAUUAAUUUUAUAAUGUAAUAUUUUACGGGUACAUUUUAAAACAUUUAAUUUUCAACGUUUACCAAUGUAACACAAUUCACAGUAAGCCAAUAUUAGAGCGAAGGUUUGUCAUCCUUAAAAAUUGAACAGAAACAUAUUGUUUAGUAGAUUUAAAACUGCUCCGCUGUUGUACACAUUUAAUUACUUAUGAUCACCCUAAUACUAAUCGGUUGUUUUAAGUUAAGUUACAUUAAUUUAUUUUCUUUUUACAGAUGUGUUUAUUCCUUCUUUCAUUCUUAUUUAUGUUAGAUUUUAGAGAUAUUUUACAUGAAUAUAUCUAAGUUUCAUUUCUUUAAAA